AUGCCGACAAUUCCAGACUGGGUUCUCGAUUUUAAGCUUGAGACACAUUUCCCACCUGGUAGCAAAUACGAGACAGUGCAUACCUACUAUGAGCAGGAAUCCCUUUCCCAGCGGCCAACCAAGAAAUCAGUACAUUGGCAGCGCGAGAAGAAGAUUGGCGAUGGUGGGUUUGGAGAGGUGUGGCUAGAGAGAUGCACAAAGGGAAACAGUCAUGGCCACGACGUCCGUGCAAUAAAACAGAUGGAAGUGCGCCGCCAGGUAGACUACGGCCAUCAGCAGUACGAGCGAUGUUUUGUCAAGUCUUUUGGGUGGUACCAAACCGAAGCUAGCUUAUUUAUUGCGAUGGAAUAUCUUGAGCUGGGGGAUCUACAAGAUUAUGUGCUCGACCGGAGCCAGCCGCUGCCGGAAUUUGAGGCGCAGCUCAUCGUGUCCCAGAUUCUCGAGGGCCUUGAUUUAAUGCACGAGAAUGGCUAUGCACAUCGUGAUUUGAAACCCAAUAAUAUCCUUUUGAGAUCAUGUCCACCAAAUGAUUGGUGGGUAAAGAUCGCAGACUUUGGGAUCAGCAAACGUAUCGAGGAUGGCCUUGGAAAAUCAACAACCAUGAAGGGCACAUUUGGAUAUAUUGCUCCUGAACUCUUCGGAUUCGCUCCAAAAGGCACUCCAUAUGCCGUUGACAUUUGGGCGGCUGGAGAGAUUAUGUUCCAGAUUUUGACCAAGCAACCUACAUUCAAGCAUCCUGGCUUGGUCUUCAACUACGUCCAAACGCCUAACACAUUUCCUUCCGAUCAACUUUUGGCCAACGAGGUCAGUCAGUCGGGGGUUGAGUUCGUCUUGUCUCUUAUGCACCCUACCCCGGCAGGCAGAAUAUCUGCAAAAGAUGCUUUACAGCACAGCUGGAUUGUUCAACCAUCCCCCUAUAAUCGCAAAUCAGCUCCACUUGCGUACAAAGAGACACAUUCUACAUCAUCGCUCGACUUAGUGACAGAGCAAUUUGCAUCAUGGAAUACUAUCAAGUCUCCAGAGUCCCCUACUACAUCAGCACCUAACUCAAUGACAGGAAAGUUUGCGUCGUCGAACGCUACCCAAACUCCAGAGGCAUUCGAGACUUUUACUCCGAAAACAGAGGAAUUGAAAACACCUUCUCUCCAUACCGGUACCACCGAAACUAUAAGUUUUCGGCCAUUGCAACACAAAAGACGCAAAAGUGCCAAUACUGCUCGAGCGAUGCUUCCCAAGACGCUUGAGGGUCACUAUGGACGAGUGACUUCUGUGGCAUUUUCACCUGAUGGUAAAUUGGUGGCAUCUGGAUCUACGGACGAGAAGGUCAAAGUCUGGAAUACUAUCACGGGCGCUAUACACAAAACACUCGAGGGCCAUUCUAGAUGGGUGACUUCUGUGGCAUUCUCACCCGAUAGUAAAUUCGUGGCAUCUGGAUCCCGUGACACUACAGUCAAUGUCUGGAACAUUUCAGCAGGCGAUAUCCAUAGAAAGCUUGAGGGCAAUGCGCGUGGGGGCAAUACGCUUGAGAACGAUUCUCAAUGGGUCACUUCUACGGCAUUCUCACCCGAUGGUGUAUUUCUAGCAUCUGCGGCUGAAGAUAUCACACUCUGGAAUACUACCACUGGCGAGAUACACCGAACGAUUAGUGGCUAUUUUAAUGUCGUCGCAUUCUCACCCGAUGGGAUGUUGUUGGUAUCUGGAUCUGAUGACAACACAGUUAAACUUUGGGAUACUUUCACGGGCCAUAGAGAUAAAAGGCUUGAAGGCCAUUCUGAUCAUGUUAACUCUGUGGCAUUUUCACCUGAUGGUACAUUGGUAGUAUCUGGGUCUCAGGACAACACAGUCAAACUAUGGAAUACCAUGACGGGUGCUAUACAUAAAACACUCGAGGGCCAUUCUGCAGGGGUGACUUCCGUGGCAUUCUCACCCAAUGGUAAAUUGGUGGCAUCUGGAUCUGAUGACAACACAGUCAAACUCUGGAAUACUAUGACGGGCGCUCUACGCAAAACACUAGAGGGCCAUUCUGGAUGGGUGACUUCCGUGGCAUUCUCACCCAAUGGCCCAGGAGUCGGUCGGUUCGAUGAGCAACCCGCUAAUGACCCCCGGAAACGCUUCAUGCUGAAGGCUAUCCAGCGGAAGUAUGCGGACGAUCGAUACAACCCCACCGGCGACCAGGACCUUCAGACACCGGAACUCACCGACGACAUUCUUUACAUCACAAGCACCUACAACACUCCCCACCUGCCAAAGGAAAACCCAUACCGGCUGGCGGAAGUGAAUACAGCACGAAGUAUCCGAGAAGUCUGA